CAAGCAACAAGGCAAGCAGAUUUGCUGACUCGCUCUGUGGGUAUGAAAAUGGUGAAAAAAUAGUCCAGUCCAAUCUGCUUCUUGUUUUACCGGUUUACUUCUGAAAAUCGAUCGAAUUAAAUUCUGAUUAGUCACAGUCAUUCCUAAAAAAGUAUUCUUAAAAACGCAUUGGGUUAAUCAGCGCUGAAAGAUGCCGAAUAUAAAAUUGCAGUCUUCGGACAAUGAAGUAUUUCCCGUCGAUAUUGAAAUCGCAAAAUGUUCCGUCACAAUCAAAACUAUGUUGGAGGACCUCGGCGUCGACGAUGAAGAAGAAGAAGUCGUUCCAUUACCCAAUGUAAAUUCCGCUAUUUUAAAAAAAGUGAUUCAGUGGGCCACAUACCAUAAAGAUGAUCCUCCAUUGCCAGAAGAUGACGAAAACAAAGAAAAGCGAACAGAUGAUAUCUCUUCUUGGGAUGCUGACUUUUUGAAAGUGGAUCAAGGCACUCUCUUUGAACUGAUAUUAGCUGCUAAUUAUUUAGACAUCAAAGGAUUAUUGGAUGUGACAUGUAAGACUGUAGCUAAUAUGAUCAAAGGCAAAUCUCCUGAAGAAAUCCGCAAAACAUUUAACAUCAAAAAUGACUUUACAGCUGCGGAGGAAGAUCAAGUACGUAAGGAGAAUGAGUGGUGUGAGGAAAAGUAAUGUAACACUACUGUGACUAGCUUAUAAAUUAUAAUUCUUUUUAGAUUUUAAUUAUAAUAAUUUUUAAGGGAUUUUGUAUAGUUCACCCGAAAAUACAUCAAGUUUAGUUAUUUCACUUUUUUGAAAAAUGUUUUGUGUUACAGGA